UCACGCGUGUGCGCAUCGUUCGGACCGUUUGUGUCGUAUAUCGCGGACACGACAUAUCUCUUUCUCUCUCUCACGCGCGCGGAGAUUGUCCGUCUCUAAGAGGAAGAGAAAGUAGCUACCGUUCUCUCUCUCUCUCUCUCGCGCUGUCGACUCGCUACGACGAACGUUGAUACCGGUCUCGCCGCACACGCUUUCUGCGAUCGAUUCGCAUUACCCCUUUUUUUUCCCGAUCCUCCUCUCUCUCUUCCUUCUCCUCCUAUCGUCCACAGUCACUCACGCACAUACGCACUCACCCCCUCGCAUCCCCGGAGGGCGCCGGCCGAGGACGAUGUCGAGGAUGUGAACCAGGAGACACCUGGAGCGAAGCGUAUUGGUCGCCAGUGCGAUGGCGCAGAAAUGGUGACGAAUUUCAGUAUCGAACAUCUGGCCGCUCGUCCUGAGGGACACAUAGACCAGAAGUAAGGAUGGCCUUUCACUGGGAUAAGCUUUCGCCAACUGAAUUCCAACAACUCCAAGACUUGGCAGCUUAUUCCACGCGGAAACUCCAGGAUAUUCUGGUCGAAUUUUGCGGGAGCAACACGACAUCGACGGGCGUGGCCAAAUAUCAUCCGGAUGGAGACAUCGAUUACGAGGGUUUUCGCAAGUUUCUGAACACGUAUCUGGAGAUCGACACGCCCGAUGAACUAUGCCGACAUCUCUUCCUUUCGUUCGUUAGGAAGAGCCCGCGUGUAGACAGCAAGGCUUUCAAGGAGAUGGCUGUGCUCUCCUCGACAACUGCCUGCGCUGCAAUUACAUCGCACACGACUUCUAGCAGUAACGUUAAUAGCACCGGCAUACCGGUCGCCGGCAUCGCUGCCGAGAGCCACAGCAGCGGGUCCUCGUUGGCCGACAAAAUUCACGGAAUUACGGAAAAAUUGCAAGCGCUCAGCCAUCACAGAACGGAAAGUGAAGUCUCAAAGACGCGAACAGGAAGCGUGCAUCCAAUGUUAACAGUCACCCAUACAUCGUAUAGCUGCCAUGACGUACUGGAGAAGAAGAGCACGGAUAGCAGCCCGAGCCACAGUCAAAUGUCGCGAAAUUCGUCCAGGAAGUCGAACAAUUCCCUUCUCGUCAACAACGGGAAAUUGGAAGAGAUGAGGCACCUCGUUAGGAAGCAGAGCACGAUGGAUGUCCAUGCCGUUAAAGUCAGCCUGAAAGACAUCGUGUGUUACUUGUCCCUACUGGAAGCUGGCAGACCAGAGGAUAAAUUGGAAUUCAUGUUCCGGUUAUACGACACGGAUGGGAACGGUGUCCUUGAUACAAACGAGAUGGACUGCAUCGUGAAUCAGAUGAUGAAUGUCGCGGAGUAUCUCGGCUGGGACGUUACGGAGUUGAAGCCGAUUCUGCAGGACAUGAUGCUAGAGAUCGACUACGACGCGGACGGUACGGUCUCGUUGGAGGAGUGGAAGAGAGGCGGUCUUACGACAAUCCCCCUGUUGGUUCUUUUGGGUCUAGAUUCCCAUGUGAAGGAGGAUGGGAACCAUCUGUGGAGGUUGAAACACUUCAGUAAACCCGCAUACUGCAACCUCUGUCUAAACAUGCUGGUUGGUCUCGGCAAGAAAGGACUCUGUUGCGUGUUUUGCAAAUACACGGUACACGAGAGGUGCGUGCAGAGAGCGCCAGCUUCUUGUAUAGCCACUUACGUCAAGAGCAAGAAGACGUCCCAGACGAUGGUUCAUCAUUGGGUCGAGGGUAAUUGUCACGGAAAAUGUUCCAAGUGCAGAAAGACGAUCAAGAGUUACAACGGCAUUACCGGCCUGCAUUGCAGAUGGUGCCAGAUAACCCUGCACAAUAGGUGUGUGUCGCAAGUACGAGCAGAAUGUACAUUCGGCGAGCACGCGGUGCACAUCCUUCCGCCUACAGCGAUCUGCCCCGUUGUUUUGGAUAGACAGAGAUCGUUGUCGAGAGAUAGCAAACGAGGUAGCAAAUACGGCCAGGACACUUCAUCCGUUAGUUCCGGUGGUUUCCUGACGUGUGGCAGUUCAUCAAGUCAACAGCCGGCCAUGUCAUUUCAAAUCACACCGCCACCUGACACGACACCGCUCUUGGUAUUCAUAAAUCCGAAGUCGGGCGGUCGACAGGGGGAACGAAUGUUACGAAAAUUUCAAUAUAUCCUGAACCCUCGGCAGGUCCAUAAUUUAGCGAUCGGCGGACCCAUGCAGGGCCUGCAGAUGUUUAAGGACGUGGAGAAUUUCAAGGUGAUUUGUUGUGGCGGCGACGGCACGGUCGGCUGGGUCUUGGAGACCAUGGAUCGCGUGCAGUUCGAACAACAACCUGCCGUUGGCGUUAUUCCUCUUGGUACAGGCAACGAUCUUGCCAGGUGUUUGCGUUGGGGCGGUGGCUACGAAGGCGAAGCGGUGCACAAGGUUCUUAAGAAAAUAGAAAAGGCGACACCGGUAAUGAUGGACCGUUGGCAAAUAGAGGUUCACGAUCAAAAGGACGAGAAAAAAGGCAAUCAAGACAGUAUACCGUACAAUAUCAUUAAUAAUUAUUUCUCGGUGGGCGUUGACGCCGCCAUUUGCGUGAAGUUUCACAUGGAAAGGGAGAAGAAUCCCGAGAAGUUCAACAGCAGAAUGAAAAAUAAGCUGUGGUACUUCGAAUACGCGACGACGGAACAAUUUGCCGCGAGUUGUAAAAAUCUUCACGAGGAUCUCGAGAUAAUCUGCGACGGUACGCCUUUAGAUUUGGCUCAUGGGCCAUCUCUGCAAGGGGUCGCAUUGUUAAACAUUCCUUUCACUCACGGGGGUUCGAAUCUUUGGGGUGAACAUCACACGCGCCACCGCCUCGGCAAACGGAAAAAGCGACCCGACAAGGAACUUAGCACCAGUAGCUUCAAUUCCGUAGAUCUCACAGUCGCUAUUCAGGAUAUCGGCGACAAUCUUAUCGAAGUAAUAGGCUUGGAGAACUGCUUACACAUGGGUCAGGUGAAGACCGGCCUUCGGCAUUCCGGCAGAAGACUCGCCCAAUGCAGCAGCGUCACCAUAAUCACGAGCAAACGAUUUCCCAUGCAGAUCGACGGGGAGCCUUGGAUGCAGGGCCCUUGUACGAUUCGCAUUACACACAAAAAUCAAGUACCAAUGCUGAUGGCACCGCCGCCGGAUAAGAGCAAGGGCUUCUUCCGGUUUUUAAAGAGGUUUUUUGUACCAAAAAAAGGAAGCUUAGUCGUAAAACGCGCUUAGACAUACAACAAUUGCGACUUAUUUUUUUAUUUAUUCAACUGUAUAUUUAUUUAUUUAUUUAUUCUUCUCGUAUACUUCUUUGUAUAAGUCAGAGCAAUAUAUCAGAGGCAUAUCAGCGAGCGUGACGUAUUGUAACGUUCAGUUAUCAAUACUUGCGAAAUCACAAGUUGUAGAAUCGUUGAAGUGAAUCAUGGUUUCGUCCCGAUUACAACGUGUAAUCAUCAAUGAUGAAUGUGUAAUCUUUGCGCUAUAUUUGUUACUUUCGAUGAUUGUGAUCGUUACUUCUUCACGUUCACACACUUUGAGUACCUGCAUUUCAUGUGUUGGCAAACAGCUAUAACUAACUACAUAAUUAUAACUCUCUGUCUCUUUCUUGUAAAUCCAUUAAUAUAUUCUUCUCUUGUAUUACACGCAUACAAGCGACUGUAUUUUACACACUACUGUGAUGGCCCUAUGUUGGUUGAAAUAACGGAUGCUUCGAGCGAAAUGCAUCUCCUUCCUUUCCUAGCGAUCGUUGUUAUUCCCUAAUACGAACUUUGUACGCAAACGAUACGUCGAUCGAGUCUGCUCCGUUUCUCAGGAUUUCCCGCGAAAAGUCGCGUAGUCUUUAAUAAGAGAGCACACGUCUACAUUGAUAUGAAUUCCAUUUCCGAGCACUCGUUAGACACACAUUUCGUUAAUGAGUCCGACUAGAAUAUCAAUUUUCAAUCUAAUUGUAAUAGAGAUGGGACUUUAUGCUUUUAUAAUUAAUAUAUACGCGCAGCCGAGGGAAAAUAAUAUUUACAAAUUACAAUCCCGCAGGGACCAUCUCGAGAUAUAAUGCAUCUAACGAUAAAGAUGAGAUCUUAAAUUUUUCAUAUCUCCGAUACAGACCGAUGAUCUUUUCGAAUUGUCAUUUUAGCGACACGUCGCAGGUUUCACUCGCGUUUCACCACGCGGAAUGUGAAUCGAUAAACGUGACGUGCGACAUAGUUAAUUAAUUUUAGAGGGGGAAGGAAAGAAAUGAAAAAUAUUAUAAGUAGAAUUAGUAUAGUUUACACAACAUUUAUGAUAAUUCAGAAUACAACAUUACCUCCGUCAGUUUACUUAUCCCCCCCUCCCCUCUCUCUCUCUCUCUCUUUAAAUAUACUACUAGUCGCUCAUGAUCGUCAUUGUUUUUUACCGCGAAAUUGCGCAUAAUUUCUGUGACGAUUGACGCAGUCGAUUAGCUGAUAGAGGGAUCGAAAUAUUACGCUUAAAAGAUAAAAUCCUGUAAUUAAUAAAGCCUUGACUUUUAAGUCGUCACCUGCUAGUGAUCGAGUUUAGUUCGGGAAACGAGAAACGACGAGAGAGUGAGAGAUCGCCACGACAACGCUCGCGGUGAUCUGUGGCACCUCGUCGUCCUUACGAUCUGUGAAUACUAAAACGGUACAAUAACGACGAUAUUGGUUUUCUAUUGGAUUGGCGCAGUGUCUCAGUGUGCUUUGUCAUUGUGUAACAUUAUGAUGUGAAGAAGACCCAAAAAUUAUUCGUUAUGCGGCAGUACAAGGAAACGUGAAUCGAUCGAAGGCUCUUUGGAAGAUUGAAAGUGGGAAUAAUCGCGACUAAACAACUAUGAGAAACGUAUGAUCUAAAAACGAAACCGACGAAAGAUAAAGAGAGGUUCGCGCGCCGACGAUGUUCCAAAAAGGACCUCGUGAAGAUUGAUUUAGCCUCAAGAGAGAACACAUAGCUUCUUCGUCGCAAAGAAAGCAGUCACGAAAUAUGAAUCGGAUGUAACGUUGUCAAAGCAAAUUUCUACUAUAGGAUCAUUAUCGACCCCUGUGUACCGUCUUGGAGCGAAAUGACCUUGCAUGAGCUGCGCGAAUUCGGGAGGAAUGCAAUGGAUCUUGUAUAUACACAAUGAUGACAGAGAGAGGAUAAAUCGCAGAGAGAAUACUUGCUACGUACAAAGAAGUAACGUGCAAAGUCAGAUGAAAAUACGCCGCUAUAAGAACAAUCACUUGGGCCGGUAACGAAUCUUAAAGUACGCUCGCUUUUAUAAUUUCGAAGAAGGAUCUUUCAAUUACUUGCACUUUAUUCUUUUUCAAACGAUAAACAUUCAAACAUUUCCAACAAUAACAAGAACCGCUGUAUGAAAUGUAAAUUUGAUUUCGCUGAAUGAAUUUCUGUAAUUUUCUGUCAAUCAACCUACUGUUUGCACAACAACGGAGCAGAACCGUGUGUUAUAACUCUCUUUGAAGAUAUUUCGAAUCUAUUUGACUGCUAACAAAGCGGUCGUUACAUGCAGAGUUACAUGCAAUUUACCACAGUCCGAUUCACUUUUCUCUUCUCGCUUUCGAUGGGUAUAUGUGAUCCGUAAACAAUGUUCGGCAUACGAAACGUACGCACGUUAUAGUCGUUAAGCGCUACUUACGAGUAUCCGACGUUAGCUGAAUUUACUGCCACCUUUUUUGGGUCUACGUACGUUUGAGCACUACUGCCAUUUUCCAAAGGACAGACACGUACAUGAAUGAAAAGCCUGUCUAUAGUGUAUAAUAUAAUAUAAGAAAUAAAGUGUAAAUUUAUCGCGCA